UCUCGCAGUGUGUGGGUUCAGUCCUCAUGCACGUUCAUUUUUAUUAUUAGUAGGAUAGACGGGUAUGAUAUACGUUUUUGUGUAUUACGUGUAAAAGGCACAACAAACAUGGCUGCAAAACGUAAAGCGGAUGUACCAGUGCCUGCAGAAGAGAGUGAUCAACUUCUCAUAAGACCAUUAGGAGCUGGUCAGGAGGUGGGCAGAUCAUGCAUUAUCCUGGAGUUUAAGGGACGUAAAAUUAUGCUCGACUGUGGGAUCCACCCCGGUUUGGAGGGCAUGGAUGCAUUGCCCUACAUUGAUUUGAUAGACCCAGCUGAGAUAGACCUGCUCCUCAUCAGCCAUUUUCACUUGGAUCAUUGUGGAGCGUUACCUUGGUUCUUACAAAAGACAAGUUUCAAAGGGAGGACUUUUAUGACCCAUGCCACCAAAGCCAUCUACCGCUGGUUGCUUUCAGACUAUGUGAAAGUUAGCAACAUCUCAGCAGAUGAUAUGCUGUAUACAGAGACAGAUCUAGAAGAAAGCAUGGAUAAGAUUGAGACGAUCAACUUCCAUGAAGUGAAAGAGGUGGCUGGGAUUAAGUUUUGGUGCUACCAUGCUGGUCAUGUUUUGGGUGCCGCAAUGUUUAUGAUCGAGAUUGCUGGAGUGAAGAUUCUGUAUACAGGAGAUUUCUCACGUCAGGAAGACAGACAUCUAAUGGCAGCUGAGAUUCCAAGCGUCAAACCAGACAUUCUCAUCACAGAGUCAACGUAUGGCACACACAUCCAUGAGAAAAGAGAAGAGAGAGAAGCGCGUUUCUGUAACACGGUCCAUGACAUAGUUAACCGAGAGGGACGCUGUCUGAUCCCAGUGUUCGCUUUGGGUCGAGCCCAAGAGCUGCUGCUCAUUCUCGAUGAAUAUUGGCAGAAUCACCCUGAACUGCACGACAUUCCAAUUUAUUAUGCCUCGUCCCUGGCGAAGAAGUGCAUGGCUGUAUACCAGACUUACGUGAACGCCAUGAACGACAAGAUCCGCAAGGCCAUCAACAUUAACAACCCUUUUGUCUUCAAGCAUAUCAGCAAUCUUAAGAGCAUGGACCAUUUUGAUGACAUCGGCCCGAGUGUGGUGAUGGCAUCUCCAGGUAUGAUGCAGAGCGGGCUCUCCAGAGAGCUUUUUGAGAGCUGGUGCACGGACAAGAGGAACGGCGUCAUCAUAGCAGGUUACUGUGUGGAAGGAACACUCGCCAAGCAUAUCAUGUCUGAACCAGAGGAAAUUGCCACCAUGUCCGGCCAGAAACUGCCAUUGAAGAUGUCUGUGGACUACAUCUCGUUCUCCGCUCACACUGACUACCAGCAGACCAGCGAGUUCAUCCGAGCUCUGAAACCUCCUCAUGUGAUUUUAGUUCAUGGAGAGCAGAAUGAGAUGGCUCGUCUGAAAGCUGCGCUGAUCAGAGAGUACGAGGACAACGAUGAGGUUCACAUCGAGGUCCACAACCCUCGUAACACAGAGGCCGUCACGUUAAACUUCAGAGGAGAAAAACUGGCAAAGGUGAUGGGUUCUCUUGCGGAUAAGAAGUGUGCGCAGGGUCAGAGGGUCUCCGGCAUUCUGGUCAAAAAGAACUUCAGUUAUCACAUCCUCUCCCCAUCUGACCUUUCCAAUUACACAGAUCUUGCUAUGAGCACCAUUAAACAGACUCAAGCCAUCCCCUUCACCGGCCCUUUUGAACUGCUGUUGAGUCAGCUACGUCACUUGACAGGUGAUGUGGAUGAGAUCGAUACUCCAGAGAAAAACACACUGAGGGUGUUUAACAACAUCACACUGGUUUAUGAUUCAAACAUGGUCAUGCUGGAGUGGCUUGCCAACCCCUUAAAUGACAUGUAUGCUGAUGCAGUCACCACAGUGGUGUUGGAGGUCCAAUCAAAUCCUAAAGCACAGAAAGAUGUUCAGCCUCAAGAAAAGAAGGUGGAUGUGAAUGUUUUCCAGAGCAGAAUACUGAAAAUGUUCCAAGACAUGUUUGGUGAGGAAUGUGUCGACUUAAGCGAUAAUAACAGUCUGUCUAUAACCGUGGAUGGGAAGACUGCCUGCGUGAACCUGGAAACCAGAACUGUGGAGUAUGAAGAGACCAACGGUGAAGAUGAUUCUCUAAGGGAAAUGGUGGAGCUUGCUGUGCAGAGACUGUAUGAAGCGAUGAACCCUGCGAUGUGAGUUGAGCUAAAGUCUGCAGAAACAUUUUCUGUUUAGAAGCUCCAGAAAUCUCAUCUAAACCACGCUUGACCACACUGAAGACACCAGAAGUUGGAAUGGCUGAAGCACUUCAAUGUAUUAAGUCGAUUUCUUAAUUAAAUCGAAAGGCAAACGGUGCAGAUUUAUUUGUAGAUGUAAAACAGAUGCACAUCUGAAAGUCACAUAAUACGUAUUUAGCAUUUAUACUAUAUUUAGGAUAAUGACCUUUAAUAUGUUUAUGAUCUAUGUUGAUUUAAUAAAAGGUGUUUGAGUCUGCUGAA